AAGUGUUUGUGUCUAGGAGCGGUGAUAUUUGUAUUGUUCCUUUUACGGUAGUUUUACUUUAUCCUACAGUGCAAUUAUAAAAAAUGGAUUAUGUGUAAAAGAGGUGGACACGUUUAAUGUAUUACUUUUUGGCCUGAGUUUCAAAACGGGAGCUAGAAGAGUAAUUUGGCAGGAAGCGGAUAGAGAUUCCGAGGUCGGCAGGGGGCGAACGCUAGUUUACAGGCAGGCGGACUGAUCCCUGAGGAGCAAAUGAGCAGGCAGGCUGAUUGAAGCAGAGGGACUGAGCGCAGGCUAUGGAGCCGGAUCUACAGGGUGCGAGCGUAGUGCCAGGAUCAGCGGGGUGUGCUGCGGUGCAGAGUCGCUCCGAGGAUGAGGAUCUGGCCUUGGGGAAGGACACGAAGAGAACUGCUGCCCAGGCCUUCUCUGGAGGAGUGCCCAAACGACGCAGCUCGUCCAGGUCUAUAAAACGUAAGAAGUUUGAUGACGAACUGGUGGAGAGCAGCCUGGCCAAAUCGUCCAGUCGGGUGAAGGGCCCCCCAGUGAUAGAGCCGGCGCGCUGCUCUGGCAGUGAGCCCUCUUCCAAUGAGAAGAAGAAGGUGUCAAAGUCCAGCAGCACGCCGGUGGCCCCUCUGACCACUGUGGCUGCACCUACUCCCAUCACCAAGAGGGUGAAGAAGAGCAAACAGCCACUGCAGAUCACCAAAGACCUGGGGCGCUGGAAACCCACUGAUGACCUGCUGCUCAUCAACGCAGUGCUGCAGACAACAGACCUGACUGCUGUUCACCUGGGGGUGAAGUUCAGCUGCCGGUUCACCCUGAGGGAGAUUCAGGAGCGGUGGUAUGCUCUGCUGUACGACCCUGUCAUCUCCAAAUUGGCCUGGCAGGCCAUGCGCCAGCUGCACCCCGAGGCCAUCGCCGCCAUCCAGAGCAAAGCACUGUUCAGCCGGGCGGAAGAGGCUCUGCUGGCCAAAAUCCCCUCGGUGAGUGGGGUUGGGUUCACGUGGCUCAAAUCCACCAGUCAGCCCAAGCUGGAGGUGUUUCAGGAGCUGCUGAGUAAACACCCUGGCGUCUUCUAUCCCUCGCGCACAGCCAAGAGCCUGAUGGUGCACUGGCAGCUGCUCAAGCAGUACUACCUGCUGGAGGAUCAGACCGUUCAGCCCCUCCCAAAAGGAGAUCAAGUGCUCAACUUCUCUGAUGCGGAGCAGCUCGUCGAUGAUGCCAAACUGAAGGAGAGCAGAGAUGAGGUCUUGGAGCACGAGCUGAUGAUUGCCGACCGGCACCAGAAGAGGGAGAUCCGGCAGCUGGAGCAGGAGCUGCCGCGCUGGCAGGUGCUGGUGGACAGUAUCACCGGGAUGAACUCUCCAGACUUUGACAACCAGACGCUGGCAGCUCUGCGUGGGAGGAUGGUACGCUACCUGAUGAGGUCUCGAGAGAUCACCCUGGGCCGAGCCACCAAGGACAAGCAGAUCGACGUGGACCUGUCCCUGGAGGGCCCAGCCUGGAAGAUAUCCCGGAAACAAGGGAUCAUUAAGCUGAAGAACAACGGGGACUUCUUCAUCGCCAACGAGGGCCGCCGACCCAUCUACAUUGAUGGCAGACCUGUCCUCUCGGGGAACAAGUGGAAGCUCAACAACAACUCCGUGGUGGAGAUUGCAGGUCUGCGUUUCGUCUUCCUCAUUAACCAGGAGCUGAUCGCUCUUAUUAAAGCAGAGGCAGCCAAGAUGAACCAGCAGUGAGACUAACCUUGUGAUGAUGGACGAGGCUGUGUGCAGCUGCACUGGAGCACAAGAAAAGGUGGACCAGUGGACUUCGUUUAUACCACUUUGUGCUUCUGCUUCCCAGUAAUUGACCCCAGACACUAGAAAAAUGACUCUUAAAGGACUCCUGGGAGUGUAUGGGCAGCUCUAGCACCAGUGGAAAGAAGGCUUCAUGUAUUUACAGCCGUCUUAUAAAACAGCCUACAUCUCGGUAUCCUAAAGCUUUUGUGUUCUGGUUUCCUUGAGUGUUAGUGGAGCAGAGCUCAACCUUUUGUUUUGUAUGACACCCAGAUUCAUUUUUUUUAAUGGUUUUAUUUGUAGAGGAAGGCGGACUAAACUCCUUUGAAAUACAAAAAUUUCUGUGAAGCUUGUCUUUUGCUGUAAAAGAUAUUUCAUAAGAGCAGAAAAACACCACUGACUUACAGGUUGUGCCUUUCUGCCUGCAGGAGCUGAUGAAAAUAGAACCCAUCAGAAUGUUUUCCCCAUUUUGAGUAUAAUAUUCUGCCUAAUGUCCUACACUGCCAUCUGACAGCCUUCCUACCUCUGCACAAUAAAUUAAGCAACUGCGUUUGGA